CAGUCUAUAAGACGUCAUGUGCCCUCACGUGUGACGGGCCAGGCACACAACAAACACACAGCGCCUGUGAAGGAGCUGGUGCACAGCGGGUGGAUGCACAAGGUUCCUUAUCUGACCAACCCAACGUAGACACUGCCGGUACAGAUAAGGAGCUGAGAGUCAGGCAGGGGCGGAAUGGUGCUCAGUGAUUCCAAAGCAUCUUUGAUUUGCCAGACUGAGAGGCUGCUGGUCUUUCCUGGACCGUUGCAGAGAGGACAACCUGUGUCUUCGAAGUGAAAAAGCAGGAUGCCCCCGGGGGUUGACUGCCCCAUGGAAUUCUGGACCAAGGAGGAGAAUCAGAGUGUGGCCGUUGACUUCCUGCUGCCCACAGGGGUCUAUCUGAACUUCCCUGUGUCCCGAAAUGCCAACCUCAGCACCAUCAAGAAGGUGUUGUGGCACCGUGCGCAGUAUGAGCCACUCUUCCACAUGCUCAGCGACCCCGAGGCCUACGUGUUCACCUGCGUCAACCAGACCGCGGAGCAGCAGGAGCUGGAGGAUGAGCAGCGGCGGCUGUGUGACAUCCAGCCCUUCCUGCCGGUGCUGCGCCUGGUGGCCCGAGAGGGUGACAGGGUGAAGAAGCUUGUCAACUCACAGAUCAGCCUCCUCAUCGGCAAAGGCCUCCACGAGUUCGACUCCUUGCGGGACCCCGAGGUGAACGACUUUCGCACCAAGAUGCGCCAGUUCUGCGAGGAGGCGGCCGCGCGCCGGCAGCAGCUGGGCUGGGAGGCCUGGCUGCAGUACAGCUUCCCCCUGCAGCUGGAGCCCUCGGCCCGGAGCUGGGGCGCCGGCACCCUGCGCGUCCCCAACCGGGCCCUCCUGGUCAACGUCAAGUUUGAGGGCAGCGAGGAGAGCUUCACCUUCCAGGUGUCCAGCAAGGAUGUGCCCCUGGCACUGAUGGCCUGUGCCCUCCGGAAGAAGGCCACGGUGUUCCGGCAGCCUCUGCUGGAGCGGCCCGAGGACUACACGCUGCAGGUGAACGGGAAGCACGAGUACCUGUAUGGCAGCUACCCCCUGUGCCAGUUCCAGUACAUCUGCAGCUGCCUGCACAGCGGGCUGACCCCCCACCUGACCAUGGUGCACUCUUCCUCCAUCCUGGCCAUGCGGGAGGAGCAGAGCAACCCUGCCCCCCAAGUCCAAAAACCACGCACCAAACCGCCCCCCAUUCCCAUGAAGAAGCCUUCUUCCCUGUCCCUGUGGUCCCUGGAGCAGCCUUUCUGCGUGGAGCUGAUCCAGGGCAGCAAAGUGAAUGCCGAUGAGCGGAUGAAGCUGGUGGUGCAGGCUGGGCUUUUCCAUGGCAACGAGACGCUGUGCAAGACGGUGUCCAGCUCGGAGGUGAGCGUGUGCUCAGAGCCCGUGUGGAAGCAGCGGCUGGAGUUUGACAUCAACGUCUGUGACCUGCCUCGCAUGGCUCGGCUCUGCUUCGCACUUUAUGCCGUGAUAGAGAAGGCCAAGAAGGCUCGCUCCACCAAGAAGAAGUCCAAGAAGGCGGACUGCCCCAUCGCCUGGGCCAACCUCAUGCUGUUUGACUACAAGGACCAGCUCAAGACUGGUGAAUGCUGCCUGUACAUGUGGCCGUCUGCGCCAGACGAGAAGGGGGAGCUGCUGAACCCCGCGGGAACAGUGCGGAGUAACCCCAACACGGAGAGCGCUGCUGCCCUAGUCAUCUGCCUCCCUGAGGUGUCCCCCUACCCUGUAUACUACCCAGCCCUGGACAAGGGCUGGCCCGGGUCGGGGGGCUCCGCUGAGACGGGGCCCGCUCGCUCGUUGCAGAUUCUGGAGCUGGGGCGGCACGGGGAGCACGGGCGCUUCAGUGAGGAGGAGCAGCUGCAGCUGCGGGAAAUCCUGGAGCGGCGGGGGUCCGGGGAGCUGUACGAGCACGAGAAGGACCUGGUGUGGAAGAUGCGGCACGAGGUUCAGGAGCGCUUUCCCGAGGCGCUGGCCCGCCUGCUGCUCGUCACCAAGUGGAACAAGCACGAGGACGUGGCCCAGAUGCUCUACCUGCUGUGCUCCUGGCCGGACCUGCCCGUCCUGAGCGCCCUGGAGCUGCUGGACUUCAGCUUCCCCGACCGCCAUGUGGGCUCCUUCGCCAUCAAGUCUCUGCGGAAACUGACGGACGACGAGCUUUUCCAGUACCUGCUGCAGCUGGUGCAGGUCCUCAAGUACGAGUCCUACCUGGACUGCGAGCUGACCAAGUUCCUGCUGGACCGGGCCCUGUCCAAUCGCAAGAUCGGCCACUUCCUUUUCUGGCACCUCCGCUCGGAGAUGCACGUGCCGUCCGUGGCCCUGCGCUUUGGCCUCAUCAUGGAAGCCUACUGCAGGGGCAGCACCCACCACAUGAAGGUGCUGAUGAAGCAGGGGGAGGCGCUGAGCAAACUGAAGGCCCUGAACGACUUUGUCAAGGUGAGCUCCCAGAAGACCACUAAGCCCCAGACCAAGGAGCUGAUGCACCUGUGCAUGCGCCAGGAGACCUACAUGGAGGCCCUCUCCAACCUGCAGUCCCCGCUGGACCCCAGCACCCUGCUGGCUGAAGUCUGCGUGGAGCAGUGCACCUUCAUGGACUCCAAGAUGAAGCCCCUGUGGCUGAUGUACAGCAACGAGGAGGCGGGCGGUGACGGCAGCGUCGGCAUCAUCUUUAAGAACGGGGACGACCUCCGCCAGGACAUGCUGACUCUGCAGAUGAUCCAGCUCAUGGAUGUUCUGUGGAAGCAGGAGGGGCUGGACCUGAGGAUGACCCCCUAUGGCUGCCUCUCCACCGGGGACCGCACAGGCCUCAUUGAGGUGGUGCUGCACUCAGACACCAUCGCCAACAUCCAGCUGAACAAAAGCAACAUGGCAGCCACAGCUGCCUUCAACAAGGAUGCCCUGCUCAACUGGCUCAAGUCCAAGAAUCCUGGGGAGGCCUUGGAUCGAGCCAUUGAGGAGUUUACCCUCUCCUGCGCUGGCUACUGUGUGGCCACUUAUGUGCUGGGCAUCGGGGACCGGCACAGCGACAACAUCAUGAUCCGCGAGAACGGGCAGCUGUUCCACAUUGAUUUUGGCCACUUCCUGGGGAAUUUCAAGACCAAGUUUGGAAUCAACCGUGAGCGAGUCCCUUUCAUCCUCACGUACGACUUUGUGCACGUGAUCCAGCAGGGGAAAACGAGUAACAGUGAGAAAUUUGAAAGAUUCCGUGGCUACUGCGAGCGAGCCUACACCAUCCUGCGGCGCCACGGGCCGCUGUUCCUUCACCUCUUUGCCCUGAUGCGCGCUGCCGGCCUGCCUGAGCUCAGCUGCUCCAAGGACAUCCAGUAUCUCAAGGACUCGCUGGCGCUGGGAAAGACCGAGGAGGAGGCGCUGAAGCACUUCCGAGUGAAGUUUAACGAAGCCCUCCGUGAGAGCUGGAAGACCAAAGUGAACUGGCUGGCGCACAACGUGUCCAAGGACAACCGGCAAUAGCAGCUCCUGCGGGGCCCCCGGGGCCCUGGGAGCCAGGCGCCCGCAGCCGUCUUCCGGGGUCCCGAGAGCCCGGACCGCUCCCCGCGGGACAGAACCUACAUGACUGCCUUCUGUUUACACUGGUUAUUUAUUUAUGACUUGAAAUGUUUCAGGAACUCGACAGCCAUAAAUGGAAAUGCAUCCUUUGUGCAGGGGAGGGCCGUCCUCAGCCAGAGCCCUGGGCUUCGCCGAGAAGACGCCAAGUCAGGCCCUGCGGAGGCUGCGUCUCGCGAAGGACCGUAACCUCAAGUCUUCCAGCUGGUGACUCGGGACCCGGCAAAGACCGCUCUCCCCACCGGGAAGCCUGCCUUCCUCCCAGGCUCCCAGCCCCUCCACCUCUGUGCUCUCCACGGGCUGAGCGCGGGGCAGCGCCCAGAGGAAGUCUGGGUACCCUCUAGAAUCAGGGAUGCUUGCUUUCCACUUUUAAAGUGACUCUUGGGUACGGGAAAUCCCUCCUCUCUGCCGUGAAGUGGUUUUGUUUGCGGGUAAAGAAGAAAAAAACAGCCAAACUGCUUACGGAAACUCCAGCUCUGCACGGCCUCAGCCCCCAUCAAGUCUUCUAUAUGCUGGUCCUCCGGACGUUCAAAAGCUCUAAGCUUGAAUUAGCUCAGCCUGUCAUGGAUCCAGGCAAAAGCAGGUCAGAGUACUUUGUGCAGUUAGCUCUGAUCUGCCUUGUAAAAGCAGGUUUUAAGGAAGGCAGGACCUGAUCUCCAUAACUCCCUCCUCUGAGGAAUCAGGUACCAGAAAGCUGAGUGAGGUCCGUGGUGGAGUCUCUCUCCGACGGUACUUACUUAGCCUGAAGCAGUUCCGGCUUAGCCUUAGCGGGGGUCGGAGGGGCUCUGGAAGCACCAGGUUCCUAGGCCUCUCCCAGCCUUCUGAGGCCAGCUCUGGACAGGGGCCUAGGAAUCUGGGCUUCUAGAAGCCCAUGGGUGACACUUGGGUGUUAGAGGCCCCUCGAGCAGGCACGUGGCGCGGUCCACACGCGGUGAGUGCCACCCACAGACCGCCGCCGACCACACUCCCGUCCCAACUAAGCGUUGAGGUCACCGGCCCACCUUGCCAGCCUGGAAAUAGGAAAGGUCGAGUGUACGUCUAAAUGUUAUUUAUUGACAUGCGUCUGUGUGCUUCCUGGCGUUCUGGCUCCGGCACACGGCCUGGGUGCUUGGCGAGGAGACUGUUUUCUGUUUUUGUUUUUUUUCUUAGUCUUCUCAUGCUUCUGUAUGGGGAGGGGGAGUUCAACACAACCGACAGGGGGCGCUCUGCAAAGCCCUCACGUGAGGGGGAGCAGCCUACUGAAAGAAGAGCGGUGUUCGCAGCUCACAGACCGGACGGAGGACGGAGGACGCAGGACUAGAACAAAGCCAGGACGAGACGCAGCGCGCGCUCCCACUGGAGUCAGAGCCAGCACUUUAUUGUAGCGGCCACACGUUCUGACCUCAUCAAUAUACACAUCUGCCAAGUGACACCGCACAGAGUCCGCCUUAGCAUCUACCAUUGUCUACACAGAGCAGCUACAGCGACAGGAGGGGCGGCCACACACGACGCGGGACGGCCGCGGUGUCCUCGGAACUAGCAGUUAUGAUCACAGAACAGUAUUCAAAAUUAUUUUCCCCCAGGUUUAGAAAUCUAAAAUUUUACAUGUAAAUUAAAAACAAAGUGCUGUCGGGGUUUGAGCUCA